AUGGUGCGCGUGGACGUCACGACGUCAGUGUGGCAGGACGUUGGAAAGUUGGCCAGAGUUUGAUCAGAUGUGUUUUGUCACAGAUGCACGUGUUUGUCCUCCGAAAUGCGUCGGAAUACGAAAAUCCUCCUAGUAUUUGUGAUAAUUUGGCUUAUGGUCAUAGUUUACUUUAAAGUGGUAUUCGACAGAGGCGAGGAAGAAAAUAAAGCCUUGAAAUUGAAAGAAGAGGCAAUUGAAGAAAUCAAAAAGACACGGGGGAAGGAACUGACAAAUGAAGACCCUUCCCUUGACACACGGCUUUCGUGGCAAUAUUUUGAUGAAAAAAAUUAUGUAGAUAAAAAAAAGGUCCAACCUGGACAGGAUGCUUAUGCCAAAAAUAAAUUCAACCAAGUUGCUAGUGAUAAUAUCAAAAGCAAUAGAGAUGUUCCUGACACAAGAAAUUGGCGAUGCAAAGAUGUGAAGGUGCAUGACAAUCUGCCAGCAACGAGUGUGAUUAUUACCUUCCAUAAUGAGGCAAGGUCCACUCUUCUUCGCACCAUUGUCAGUGUGUUGAACAGAAGUCCAGACCAUUUAAUAAAAGAAAUAAUUCUAGUAGAUGACUACAGUGAUGAUGCGUCAGAUGGCCAAGAACUGGCAAAAAUCCAGAAGGUUAAAGUAUUAAGAAAUGAAAGGAGAGAAGGGUUAAUGCGUUCUCGAGUGAAAGGGGCAGACGUCGCCACUGGUCCAGUAUUAACUUUUCUUGAUAGUCAUUGUGAGUGCAAUACAGGUUGGCUGGAGCCUCUGUUACAGAGGAUAGCUGAGGACCGCCAUAAUGUCGUCAGUCCCAUUAUAGAUGUAAUCAAUAUGGAUAACUUCCAGUAUAUUGGGGCUUCUUCGGAGCUUAGAGGAGGUAAGAAAAGGGAAAUGGAAAAAAGUGAGAGACUUUUUGGCUUCGUGUGUAUAUUCCCACUUUUAAUCCUGGAGUCUUAGGUUUUGGAGUGUUUG